GGUGUACGCACGCAAGCAUCGUUGGCGUAGUGUUGGUUCCAGCAAUGGAACUACAGUACGGUUCGAGCCAAAUGCGCCGCGAGAAUUGAAGGCACCAAGGUACAAUUCCAGGAAUUCUUAUCUUAUUCAUUAGUACACACCAUAAAAGGUAAAGAAUAAACCUAGUAAAGCUUUCUUCUACUUGCGGAACACUGCAAAUGGGCGAUUUUAUCGCAAAGUAAAGGUAGCUUGCCGUGGCUCCAUUGUUUGAAGGUCACUGUACGUGCGGUGAGCUGGAGCCGCCGAAGGCACGCGUCAGUGGGGUCGUUCAGUAGAGGUUAAAACUUCAUCGCAGCGAGAACCGAAUCCGACCGUCGAGCCUUCGUUCCGAAAUAUUGACCCAAGUGAAUAUCGAACAUUUGCCGCUGCCACAAUGCCGACCUACCACAAGCCGGAAGCUAAAACCAUCCAGGAGCUGAAGGAUAUCGCUCACAAGCUGCGUAUCGAUUCGAUCAACGCAACGCAGGCGUCAAAGUCAGGCCAUCCAACGUCAUGUGCUUCGAUUGCGGAAAUCAUGUCGGUGCUGUUCUUCAACACGAUGCGGUACAAACUCUCUGCUCCGCGCGACGCUUCCUCCGACCGGUUCAUCCUGUCGAAGGGCCACGCCGCCCCGAUCCUGUACGCGGCCUGGGCCGAGGCAGGACUGUUCCCGGUGGAGGAUCUGAUGAAUCUGCGCAAGAUCGACUCGGAUCUGGAGGGCCACCCGACGCCCCGGCUGAACUUCAUCGACGUCGGCACCGGUUCGCUCGGUCAGGGUGUGGCCGUUGCGUGCGGUAUGGCGUACGUGGGCAAGAACAUCGAUAAGGCCGACUACCGCACGUACGUGCUGGUCGGCGAUGGCGAGUCGGCCGAAGGUUCGAUCUGGGAAUCGCUGCACUUUGCCGGGUACUACAAGCUGAACAACCUGUGCGUCAUUUUCGACGUGAACCGGCUGGGCCAGUCGGAGGCGACCUCGCUCCAGCACCAGAUGGAGGUGUACCGGAAGCGGUUGGAUGCGUUCGGAUUUAACGCGAUCGUCGUCGACGGACACGACGUGGAGGAGCUGUGCAAGGCGUUCUUCGAAGCGUCCUCAACCACCGAUCGUCCGACGGCGAUCAUUGCCAAAACGUUCAAGGGCAAACAUUUCCCCAACAUUGAGGAUCUGGAAAAUUGGCACGGCAAGCCGCUGGGCGAUGCGGCCGACGGUGUGGUGGCGCACCUGCAAAAGUUGAUCCGUAACGCAGGACCGAUCGCGCUCGCGCCACCAUCGCCGCAGAAGGAAAAUGCACCGAAAGUUAGCAUUAAGGGCAUCGAGCUGGCCACACCGCCGGCGUACCAGAAGGGUGAGCAGAUCGCAACGCGGCUCGCUUACGGUACGGCGCUGGCAAAGAUUGCGAUGAACAACGAUCGUGUCAUCGCGCUCGACGGCGACACGAAGAACUCGACCUACUCGGACAAGCUGCGCAAAGCGUUCCCGGAGCGGUUUAUCGAGUGCUUCAUUGCGGAACAGAAUCUGGUCGGUGUGGCCAUCGGUGCGGCUUGCCGCGAUCGUACCGUAGCGUUCGUGUCCACCUUUGCCACGUUCUUCACGCGCGCCUUCGACCAGAUCCGGAUGGGUGCGAUUUCGCAGACGAAUGUGAACUUUGUCGGAUCGCACUGUGGCGUCAGCAUCGGGGAGGAUGGACCGAGCCAGAUGGGGCUGGAAGACAUUGCGAUGUUCCGCGCGAUCCCGGGCAGCACCGUGUUCUAUCCGGCCGAUGCCGUCAGUACGGAGCGAGCGGUGGAGAUGGCAGCAAACACGCCGGGCGUGUGCUUCAUUCGUACGUCGCGCCCCAACACGGCCGUCAUUUACGAAAACGAUGAAAAGUUUGAGAUUGGCAAAUGCAAGGUGGUGAAGCAAAAUGCAAACGAUUCCGUGUUGCUGAUCGGUGCCGGCAUUACGCUGUACGAAGCUCUGAAGGCGGCCGAAGAACUGGAAAAGAGCGGUAUUCACUGUCGCGUGAUCGACCCGUUCACCGUGAAGCCCUUGGAUCGGGAAGGCAUCAUAAAGAACGGUGCGCAGUGCGGUGGACGCGUCGUCGUUGUUGAGGAUCACUAUAAGCAAGGAGGUCUCGGAGAAGCCGUCCUAUCCGCGCUCGCCGAACAGCGCAACUUUGUCGUGAAGCAUCUCGGCGUUGAGAAGCUGCCCCGUUCUGGCCCACCCUCCGUACUGGUGGAUAUGUUUGGCAUUUCGGCACGUUCCGUAGCCGCUGCCGUGCAGGACAUCAUUAAGAUGUAAAAAAAAAAACAUAGCUCAAACGUGCGCGCCGCCGUAACGAAUCUUUUGCUGCCCCGAUCAUGUUGAUCGUGGUGGAUUUUCUUGAUUUAACAUUCGCUUCAAUUAAUCAUUUUUGCUUUUGGAAUGUGGGUGCUUUUUUCGUGUUGUUUUACUUUUGGGGUAUUGAAUUAUGAUAAUGUGAGUAACAAGAGGGUUACAGCGCUGCUGUUAAUCCUCUCUAAAUUUCCAGUGUCAGUGACAUUGAUUGUCGAUUGGUACACCACCUGGGCCACUCUAAUCAUCAUAUCCGGUAACAGAUGGGGAAGGGAGAUCGUUGUUUAUCGUGAGAGAGCGGAGAGCGAUUGCGCGAACUAUAUUCGUACAAAUAAAAUGGAAAAGAAAUGUUCUACAAA